UGCUGGCGGGACUCUGCUAUGGAGAAUUCGGUGCUCGAGUUCCUAAGACGGGAUCAGCUUAUCUCUACAGCUACGUGACUGUGGGUGAGCUGUGGGCCUUCAUCACAGGCUGGAACCUCAUCCUCUCCUAUGUUAUUGGUAAGUGUGGUGGGUGUGCUGCGAGAGCCUAGCUUCGGUUCAAGGUGGCAGCCUGGUGUGUAGGGUCACCCUUGUUUCUGGUCACGCCUGUGUUACUGUUACAAAAUAGAUGCUUCACUCUUGCGCUCACCGGGAUUUCAGGACUCAUCAGUGGGAUGCGUUUUUGAUGGCUGCUGUGCUGCUGGCUGAGGGCUUAUUGCUGCUGGGAAUUCCUUGAAUCUCCACCUCGUCCCUCUGGCACCCCCUGGCUUCUGCACACUUGCUAGGGCACUAAAGAAUGUCCUCUCUGCUGAGAAAGGAGCUGCUCACAGAAAGAUGCUUUUAUACAGAGUGUCUGUACUCACACUUGAUCAAGGAUUAAUUCUGGUCCCUUUGGGAUCUAUUUAAAGUAUCUGGAGAUAAGAGUUUUGUCUUGUGAAGUGCUGCAGAAUUAAUCUUGAGAUGAUCUGCAGGUUCAGAGUCUCUGGAAAAUACAAAGCAAAUCCCUCCUAAGCCCUUGACUCCCACUAGGAGAGGCCCUGGCUCAAGCUCAGAGCAUGCGCUGUGCAACUCAGCUGAUGCAUUAAAACUAAGCCACACUUUGCUAAUUAAGGAUUUGUGUCUUUUCAAACACAUUCUGGGCAGGCUGCUUGUUAUCACGCCUCUAAGGCUGCAACAGACUCGCCAGUUGAGACUGAAAGCUUGCUAGUUAAACUGAAAACCAACUGUUUGCUAAAUUACUGAAGGGAGUUGGUUUUAUUAAAUGCAUUUUAUGGGAUUUGUAAGCAUUACCUCGGAAUUUAGUUUCCAUGGUGCUUGGAGGGUAAGAUCAUAUCAAGAACAACAUAGUGACGUAGCAGCUGCCUGUCUGAGAUCAUGCUGGCUUUCUUCUAUGUGUUACCUGAAAUAUUUUUCUCCUCUUCUCCUUCUUUUUUUAAAAAAAAGAGAGAAGAUGAAAAGCCAGAGUCAAUUAAACUCCUCUCCUUAAGAAAUCUGAGUCCUGUAGCUAUUUUGUGAAUUACAUUCACUGCAAGGAGUAGAUAAAAAUAAUUUUUAAAAAAAAAGGUAAUGAUAAAUCGUCUCCUUCAUGCCCUUCAUCUAGUUGGUUUUGGGGCCAUUCCUACCAUGAUACUGGACGACCAAAAUGAGUGACAUAGGUUUUGGGGCAGCAACCACGGCUGAUUCUGCAAAUGCACAAUGAAAAGUUUUGCCUACUGAAUGUUCUACUCCGAGGAUCUGGGCUCAGAGUGGUAUUUCCGAGAUUUUUUUUCCCCCUCUCAUAGUGGAUUUUGAACAACUGUCGCAGUUCUUGUUUCAGAGUUGACUGCUCAGUGUAUUGUCACAGGGCAGGAAAUUCAAUUAAAAAUAAGUAGAUACAAUCCAUGAAUGUGUUCAAAUACAACUUCCUUACUUUUAUUUCAGUCCUGUGUCAAGAAUGUGUAUUUGCAAACUGUCUUUCUCAUAAUUUGUGAGAAAGGGUGGCUAAGGUGGAAAAACACUGGGGGAGGAUAUGAGGUGUAGGAGGUCCCUUUAUCUUGCCCAGCUUUAGCUUUUCUCUCAGAGUUAAUUGCCCCUCUUGAGAGCAAGGACAACUCCCAGCAGCUUCUGGGGCAUGGAGGAGAAAGAUAUGUUGGCUGCCACUGUUAGGCCCCAAGCAGCUCUCUCAAUGAGACUUUUGAAAGUGUUUAUAAUGGUUCCUGUACUCUGAGUUAGACACACGGGAGAAAUACUGACCAGAUAAUCGCAAGAGGUCAAAACAACACAAAAGUUUACUGGCAAACUUCUGAAAAAUUAGGAGACUUUGGCUAAACACUUACUACAACAUCUGAUCAAGAACACUUCUCACAGCAUUAAUUUAGCCCAUCCAACUUGACAAACUUUACACCUGUUAGUUGCUCAAAAUCUUCCAAGAGGGAAUUAGAAGAAGGAGUGAAAGACAGAGAAGAUAUGGAAAAGCACACAGAGCUACCAAUGCCUGGGUUCCAGCAGUGUUCAGAUACAAGCUCCAAGAGGAAGGUAGGGUCAAGAUGUGCUGCACUCAUGCUCAGCCAUAAAAACCCCUGGGCCUCUGUGGGCCCUUCACCCAGGUGGGACUUCAGGUCAUUUGGCCUCUCAGGAGCUGGGUUAGGCAGAGUGGAGCCCUGCCCCUGGUGUGCCAGUGCAGUGCUGGAAUAGAGGCUGGGGGGUGUGGGGACAGGGCACUGCCUCACCGGGGCAAAGCUUGACCUGCUCACUCACACACACAGGCAUCCCUAAAUAUCUCGGGACAUCAGUCUCUGACAGGCAGACGCUGCACUUCAGAGCCAGGGCUUGAAAGGGACAGAAAGCUGGUUUUUUUCUUAAUCUUGCAGAAAAAAUGCCAAGCAGUGCAUCAAAAAUGUGCAUCUCUAAAGAGCUCGGCCAGCUUGGUGUUUUCAUGCUGAGGGUCUCAGACAUCGGCUCAGGAAGUAUUGUGAGGGUGGUAAAAGAAAUCCUGGAGUCCCAAGGAUGAGUGGCCAGUAACUUUUAAUUAAUUGAAGUGACUUGACUUGGGGGAAGGCUUGUGUGGAGUCUUGGAGGUGGGUGAUGAGAAAUAAAUGGGCGUGCAACUUAUCAGUUAUGGUCUAGAGAGAAGGAGAAAAGUGUCCAGGACCAGAAUCUGAUGUGAAUUUUCUUCUGGGAUGAUGUGGGUUUGGGGAACUGUGCCAGAUUGUGGGAUGCGUUUCAGGAACUAGAAACUGGCGGGAGCUGGUAGUAUGAUGAGUAACAGCAUCUCUGUUCAGUAGGUGCUGCUGGGGUUUCCUGGCACUCGGUGACCUCCUUGCCUGUGCUUGUUCCUGCAGUGAGCCCAGCACCUGAACUCUGCAGUUCUCCUGGGAGCUGUGUGCUGUAGGCAGGAGCCAGAUCUGCUCUGGUGAGGCUAUGCUGACCCAGAACUGGGUAAAUCCUCCUAGGUACAAGCUGAAUGUCUUUACACUGUGCUCUCUAAUAACAGCAAGAUAUUAUCCAGGUGUCUGUGUUGUUGAAAGAAUGUCAGAUUCCCUCGGCUGCCUUGAGCCUGUUGGUUACAGAGAGUUCCAGAUAAAUGGCUGAUAGUUAUGUGGAACUGGCAUCGAAGCAGCUGGCAUCUAAUAUAACACAUGCAGGAGCUGGGUGUUCCCUUCCUAGAACAUAAAAUAUUACAGCUAGGACAAAAAAUAGCACUAAAAUAGUCUUUUUCCUCAAAUCGUGCCAAAGCUAACCUGAAAAAUUGUAAUGUGGUGUACAAUAACUUUUGCAAUUUCUCAGGAUUAAAUUGAUGGCAGUGAUGUCCAAACUCUUUAAAGGUGUGUUCACACUGUGCACUUUUCUGUCUUGGUGAACAGAAGAGUCUCCCAACAGGUCUGUUCUGCAGCUUAAUUUUUAUGCUGUUGCAAAGCUGGAUUGGGCAGGUGAGUGUUCCCAGCUGUGCUGCAGGUGCUGCCCACCACUGCUGCAGAGGAUUUGGCUGUGGGUGAGCACAGACAUUGUUUGACAGGAUUGCAGGUGCCGGAGUUGGGACCUGAACACCCACUCACAGGUGAGUGUGGCAGGACAGACUGUUCUGGGUGGAAAGGGGCCCCUGAUGGCAUCCUCUGAGGAGCUGCUCUGCAAGCCAAAAGCAAGCCAAGGUCUUUUUUUAACUAGGUAAUUAUGUACAGAAAUAAUUAUGAUAUGCAUUUAGGUGCUAUUAUAUACAGUGUAUGUACUGUAUGAGACCUUGGGAGUGUAGCCACAUUAACACAGGAGAGGGAAAAAUUGGCUUUUAUACAAGCCUACUUAUUUCACAAAAUGCUGCCGCUGUCUGGUGGUAGCUCUUUGUUGUUACUAUUUCAGUUCUCUAAAAUUACAUUUAUGGCCCAGACACUGUCCCCAGCUUGCUUGUCCUGAGGCCCCAGGUUCAGUUCUCACCCCAGCAAGCUGCACAUAGUUGGAUGCACUCAAACAGAAACAAAAAGUGGCCCCAGAGGGCAAAGCCUGAGCACUUGCUGCAGGCAGGAGCUGUUCCACUUGCUGUGGUCAUCCCCAGCACUCUGCAAUAAGCUGACUUAUGCUCAGAUAACAUGUAAUUUGUAUCUGAGUCUUUUUCCUGCUUGGAUGCUGUGGCACUGGAGGUCAGAGCUGACCUGGGUGUUUCCAGAGUGCAGAGCUGGCCACUGGUGUGGUCCAGGCUCUGGUGCUCCAGCGCUGCACUGCUGGAGGGCAGCUGGGUUCUGUAUGGGCCCUCUGCCUGGGCUGCAGCCCCCUAACUGAGGCUGCCAGGGGCUUUUGCCAGCAUUACCUUUGGUCCUCUCUGGUAACAGAAAUGACCAGGUUUGGGGGAAGGGCCCUUGGGGGUGUGAGGAAAAGGUCAAUCAGGGCAGCAUCACAGGCAAAGCUGAGGUUUGCAAAGAAGCCGGACUAAAAAGAUUUUUCUCAUCUUGUCAGCUCAGGGUGAGUCUGAGGCCCACCGCCUGUGUGUGUUACUCUCAGAGCAGAUGCCAAGCAUGAACACAGGCUGUGGGCUGGGUAUGGAUAUGAAAGGCUGCUCCCAGCACCCCAGCACCUGGGAGCACAUGCAAGGUUGCUUUGAGGCCCUCUGUAUUGAAAAGCCUUACAAGGCUUCCCCCUGGUUUGGAACAUGUGCCAGCCACAAAGGUGAUCUUUGUCCUUUCUAUCCUCUGGCAGGAACCUCGAGUGUGGCCAGAGCCUGGAGCGCGACGUUUGAUGAAAUCAUAGGGCAGCACAUUGAAACGUUUUGUAAAAAAUACAUGACGAUGGAUGCUCCUGGAGUGCUAGCAAAGUACCCAGACAUCUUUGCUGUGGUAAUAAUCAUCAUCCUAACAGGGCUUUUAGCUUUUGGUGUGAAAGAAUCUGCCCUGGUGAACAAAGUGUUCACCUGCAUCAACGUCCUUGUCCUUGGAUUUGUCGUGAUCUCCGGCUUUGUGAAAGGAUCUGUUAAAAACUGGAACCUGACUGAACAGGACAUUUACAACAGAAGCCAUAGCCUUUUCAAAGACAAUCAAACACAGGAAGAAAAGCUCUACGGUGUUGGAGGGUUUAUGCCCUAUGGAUGGAAAGGAGUCCUCUCAGGGGCAGCCACGUGUUUUUAUGCUUUUGUGGGAUUUGACUGUAUUGCUACUACAGGUGAGGAGGUAAAAAACCCUCAGAAGGCCAUUCCUAUUGGCAUUGUGGCAUCUCUUCUCAUCUGCUUUGUGGCUUAUUUUGGCGUGUCGGCUGCCCUGACGCUCAUGAUGCCUUACUACCUGCUGGAUACCAAUAGCCCUUUACCCAAUGCCUUUAAAUAUGUGGAUUGGGAUGGAGCCAAUUAUGCAGUGGCUGUCGGUUCCUUGUGUGCACUUUCUACAAGUCUCCUUGGCUCCAUGUUUCCGAUGCCUCGAAUAAUUUAUGCUAUGGCAGAAGAUGGACUUCUCUUCAAAUUUUUGGCUAAAGUCAACGAGAAGAGAAAAACUCCCUUAAUUGCAACGGUGACCUCAGGAGCUACUGCAGCUGUUAUGGCCUUUCUCUUUGACUUGAAAGAUCUUGUGGACCUCAUGUCCAUCGGGACCCUCCUGGCUUACUCCUUGGUAGCAGCUUGUGUGUUGGUAUUGAGGUACCAGCCAGAGCAGCCUAAUUUGGCAUACCAGAUGGCAAGGUCGACAGAGGAGACAGAUAACAACGAGUCUGUGAGCACCAGUGAGUCACAGGCUGGGUUUCUGCCAGAGGAAGAGGAGAAGUUUUCUCUCAAAGCCGUACUAUGUUCCACAGAGUCAGAUCCUUCCAAAUUCUCAGGUUUGGUGGUGAACGUCUCAACCUUCAUCUUAGGUUUCCUUAUUGUGGGUAUCUGUAUCCUGACUUCCCUUGAGCCAAACAUUCUGAUAAAUACUGUACAGAUUAUUGCCGCCAUCCUUGUUGUCACUAUCAUCUUCAUUAUACGGAAACAGCCUGAAAGCCAAACCAAACUCUCCUUUAAGGUACCUUUUUUGCCCUUCCUUCCUGCUGGGAGUAUUUUUGUCAAUGUUUACCUCAUGAUGCAGCUAGACGCAGGCACGUGGAUUCGGUUUGCAAUCUGGAUGCUCCUAGGCUUUAUCAUCUACUUUACCUAUGGAAUAUGGCACAGUGUGGAAGCCAGCUACGCAGCCUCAGCAGAAGCGGAGAGAAACACAGACACUGGCUCAGACAGCUGUAAAUGACUGUUUGGCUUACGGGCGACUGAAAGAAUGGCUGCAGUGAAAGAAACUUUGUGGUGGGGAUCCUGAACCAGAUUACACCUGUAAUCAGUUACGCAGAAGUAAGGAAGCAGAAUGCAGGCCUCCCCCACUUGGUUACUGCAGCUUGCAGUUUGUUUAGCAGCACAGUUAAAAGGGACCACAAGAUGAAAAGACACAACUCUGGCAUAUUCCCAGCAGCACUGGCGGCUCAUCUGGGCACUUCCCUCUCUCUCUCUCUCCGGUUUUGUUUUUUUUCCCCAGUGUGUAGAAAGAGAGCUGCUUCUGUGUGCAACUGCUGCUAUGAAACCAGGCCUCACAAAUGUCCUUCUUUCAGUAGCCCCAGGAAUUCCUCCCAACAGAUAUUCUACUCAGUUUUACAUGGAGCAGGUUUUGCAGUGCUACUAUCAGGCAUAGACCAGGGUCCAUCCUUCACCCUAGGUGAGCUGUACCCUCUGUGUAUGCACACAUACAAAAAAAAAGAUUCUCCCCAGUCACUAGAUUUCCCCAGGUCAACAAAGCACCUGCAAGAUUUGCAUUCUUUAAAAUAUCAGGUCUUAACCUUUUUUUUAUUUUUAUUUAACUGAGUUUUUUAGCUACAUGCUCACAUGCUUUAAGGCAUGUCACUGCUGUGAAAUGUUGGGAAGGUUUGUGGUUGCUGAUUGUCAGGUGAGCGAUCGUUCAGCAGCGCACAGCUCACACCAGCAGGUGUUUCUCCCAGCUGUACACUCCACAGAGGGAUUGCCAGCUUUAGUCAGGAAACCACAUGGUGCAAGUACUGCAAAGGCUUGAAAACAAGGGGUGUCUCCAAAGAGCAGUCCUGCCUCUUUGCCUCAGAAACCACCAGUGAUGUGGCUGUAGUGGUGGGGGUGGCCAGCAGAACCGAGCUAGCUCUGACAGCAAGUGCAGCCCUAUGUUUCUCCCCCCACAUCAGUCUUCUGUGCUGGCUGCCUGGCAUUAGCAACUUUGGUUUGGCAUUGGUGGCUGGAGCACAUUCCUGCCCUGGGAGGGGAAGCACAGGAGAAUCCUCAGAGGCACAAAGUGAUGUGAACAAUGCCUGGUGUCAGCCACCUGCCCAGGGGAGGCUGUGGGGGUGUGCAGGGAUUUUUCAGUCCUGUCAGAAUGUGCAAGCCAGAAAACACCACUAAGGCUCUAGGAUCUGACUUGCUGAGGGGAGCUUUCCCUUUGGGGCUGAGAUUGUCUCCAGAGCCUAUCUGUAGUGAAAGGUGGGAAAUUUGGAGUUGAGAUCAGGGUCUGUAUUCGAUUGGCAAUGCCUUGGUUUUGGCUGUAAGAUGUUUUUUUUUUUUUUUUUUGGUUUUAAUUCUCUCUAAUAGCUUUCCCUAGCCAAAUUAAUUAAUCCACUACUCUAAAAAGGCUUAUUAAGGUGAGCCAUGCCCAAGUAAUGCCACUGAUCUAAAUUAAUGCUUCAGCUUGUACUGAAAAACAAAUCAUAGAAUUGUGGAACAGUUGGGUUGGAAAGGGACCUUUGAAGAUCAUCUGGUCCAGCUUACCUGACAUCAGCAGGGACAUCUUUAAUUAAAUCAGGUUGCUAAAAGCCCUGUCCAUCCUGCUCUCAAACACUUCUGGGUUGGAGUAUCCCACAUAGAUACUGCAGAAAUCCCCUUUCCAAUGUGAGUGGAUGCUUUCCUAGGUGUCCUUCAUACUACUGCCUCUGAACACUGGACAAUCUUAUUUGGUUUGUCAGCAUGGCUCUUGCUGAUGAAGCAACGGGCUCUUGCACCUGUCAUUGAGUUGGAGAACUGAACAGACAGACCCCUGCAUGACUUGCCCAGGAUCUCACCAGGCAUCUGAUGCAGCAGAAAAGGGAAUCAGACCAUCUGGAUUUCAUGGCUGGAUUGUGGACCAUUUCUCAUGUUUCCAAGAGACUUUAUAGCCUUUCUGCCCAUUGAAGUGUUUUCAUCUUUUAAUUCUAGUACAUUGGGAGGCUUUUCUUGACAGAAUUGCAAUUUGAGGAAGUGAAGGCAAUGUGUUCAUUGCCUCCUAGGUGGACUUCAGGGUGUGUUAUGAGUGCAGCUUCCCCCACAGAAUGAAGUUGGGGUUCUGCUCCAGUCACUGGGUCUUGACCAUCUGCCAAGGCUUUGCUCCUUGUGCAUAUACAAAGUCUUACUCAAGCAGGGAGAGAUUAAUAUAGAAAUUAAAAGCCACUAAGUUGAAGUCUGUUUUGUUUAAACACAGGCAAGCUCAACACACUCCACAGCCUUCCAAAAGGCACUGAAAAUGUGGUGGGAGGGCAACAAAAUGAUAACUCAGACAGGAUCAAAGUUUUGUAUUGUACUAAAAAUAUAAGGAUGUUUUUCCUACCUGGCUGCCAGCUUCUGUUCAGUGAAAACAUGAAGCUUGUGUCCUUACCAAAGCUUCAUCUGCACUGAGCAAGCCAAGGGCCUGGUGAAAAAUAUUUCAGGUGCAUGUUGUCAGGCACAUUCCCGAGGUGGGGUAUGACCUGGUCCCUUUUUAAUCCUUGUGGCAAAGCCUGAGCAGCUCUGUGGCUCUCAGCAGGAGGGCAGGGUGAAGGAGGCAGGAUGUGGGAUGUUGAAACUGAGUGAACUGGAACAUUGGGGAGUUCAGGUGUUUGCUGAUGAGCCUGAACCACUGGCAGAAAUGUUCCUGUUACCGUGUUCUGCAGCAUGACACUUCAUUGGAAACACUGCAGACCACAAUCACUGUUCUGGCAGCCCCAGUCAUACUGGAAGCAUCCUAGAAAAUGAGUCCAUGGAAACUCCUAGCAUGUGAGGCACUCAGGUAAGGCAGCUGACCAGCCCUGCUGCCAGGAAGCUGAUGACUAGCUUCUGUCUUUACCUUAAUGGGGUAAGCCUCUGAUGGGCUUUUGCUUUGUUUCCCGUUCAUCCCAGUUCCCGUGUGCACAGAAAACACGGCAGGACAUGCUGGUUUGGAUCCGUCAGCCCACAGGUGCACUGGCGCACGGAUUUAUUAUCAGGAAUAUAUUACACUUAUCUGUACAUCAUAAUUGAAAUAAUACAAACUCUUCCUGUAAUCAUUAGCCACAUAAUAAACGGGACCACAGAACUCCUGCUGCAUGGGAAACUGUACAGAGGCUCCUCAGAGUGUCCAUGGGACACAACCACCAUCAGUGCAGAGACAAAAUACCUGAUUUUGCACUUGAUAGUUUUUCCUUUCCUUCCCCCACCUGCCACCACCACAAGCCUUUGCUGCUGUGCAUUGAGUCAACCCGUCUGUGCCAGCAGUCACUGGAGGUGCAGUCCCAGGAGGGACAAAUGGUACCUUCCCACAAUAUAAAGGAGUUUUCCAUGCCCCACUUGCUGCUGGCUCUCCUGGCAUCCCAUGGCUGAUACCUGCUCCCAGUGCCCAUCUCUGGAAUCCCCUGGGAGCAGCUGUGGGCUGGUUUUAUUGCUGCUACACCCUUCUGCAUUGAGUAAAGAUUAAUGAAAUAAACAGCUUCCUUAAAGACAGAGAUGAUGAAACUCUUUCUGCUUAGUGUUGGCUACAUUCCCUCUGCUUCCAAAGGCCAUCCUAUUUCCAAAUAGCAAAGUCCCCACAGUGGCUAUGGCAUUUGGGAAGUUUCCAGCUUUGCAGAAGCAAACACUUCCCCUCCCCAGCUUGGCCCUGCAUCCGGGGAUCUUCAUUCCCUGGGAAUGGCUGCCCCAUUCAGGGGCUGCUCCCUUCCUCCCACUGUCUGAGUGACCUGAGCUUUUCUUCUGCACCUAGUUCAGCAUGCAGAGGCAAAGAAAGGACAGAGGAAAAGUAUAAAAAGGUAUAACCUCUUUUGGGGAAAGAAGUCUUUUUCUGGGCUUGCACCAGAAGGAGCCACUCUUCACACUCCCCACAGGGACAGUUUGCUGGGUCCCUCUGGUUAGGCAGAACUUCCUACAGUUUUGUUAGUGAUUGGGCAUGCCCCAGAGGGUGUGCCAAGGAAGAAUCCAGUGAGAGGCAGGAUUGGGAGGCAAAAAUUAGAUGGGAAAGGGAUUGGCAAUGAUAACAAAUGAUGAUGGAGCUGGGUUCAGUCCCAGUUUUCCCACCAUAAAAGCCCCAGUCCCAAUUCACUGCUGGAAGCAUCUCUUGAAUAUGAUUUUAAACCAACAAAGUGAUAAGGAAAGUACCAGGUAUAAAGGGGAAAGAUUAAUAAAUUACAACAGAUUCAGCCAGCCUGUCCUGGGCCAAUAAUAUGCUUUAGUGCAUUUAAAGUUUUGAGUAGCAUCAAUAACAACUCCAGUUGUUUCAUCUCAACCAUUUUCACAAAGGGCAAAAAGGAGGAUCCUAGAAACUACCAACAAUCCACUCUGACUAAUCUGAUGGCUCUCUACCAUGGUGUGCCUGUGUCAGUGAGUGAGGGAUGAGCAACUGAUGUCAUUUACCUGGACUCUGCAGGGCCUUUGACAUAGCCCCACACAGCAUCCUAAACUGGGGAGAUGCAGCUUUGAUGGAUGGCAGCUGGCAAUGGAAUUGGCUGGAUGGUUGCAUCCGGAGCAGCUCAAUGUCCAAAGGGCCAUCAGUGAGAAGUGGUGCCCCUCUGGGGUCCGAUAUUUAAGAUAUUACUGUGUAAUAGCGUAAAUGACUCAGUGGGAUCAGGUGCAUCCACCUGAUCUGUGGAUUGACACCAAGGUGAGUGGUUCAGUUGGAACACUGGAAGGCGGGAAUGCCAUACAGGUGGAUCUGGAUAGGCUUGAGAGGUGGGGCCAUGUGAACAUCAUGAAGUUCAACAAGGCCAAGAGCAAGGUCCUGCACCUAGGCCGGGGCAACCCUUGGUAUAGAUACAGGCUGGGGGAUAAAGGGAUUAAAAACGGCCUUGCUGAGAAGGACUUGGGAAUACUGCUGGAUGGGAGGCUGGACAUGGACCAACAGUUGGUGCUCAAGGCCCAGAAAGUCACUUGUAUCCUGGGCUGCAUCCAAAACAGCGUGGCCCACAGGGCAAGGGGGGGAUUCUGCCCUUCUGCUCUUGUGAGACCCAGCCUGGAUUGCUGCAUCCAGCUCUGGGGAUAAGAAGGACAUGGGCAUCUUGGAGUGGGUCUAAGAGGAGUGCCACAAAGAUCUUAAAAGGCUGGAGCACCUCUUCUAUGGAGACAGGCUGAGACAGUUAGAGUUGUUCAGCCUGGAGAAGAGAAGACUUGGGGGAGAUAUUUUCGCAGCCUUCCAGAAACUUAAGGGGGCCUAUAGGAAAAAUGGAGAGAGACUUUUUAGCAGGGCCUGUAGUGAUGGAAGGGACAACAGUUUUAAACUGGAAGAGGACAGGUUUAGAUUGGACAUAAGAAAAAGAAUUUUUACAAUGAGAGUGGUAGGAAUAGGUUGCCCAGAGAAAUUGUGGAUACCCCAUUCUAGGCCAGGCUGGAUGAAGCUCUGAGCAACCUGGUCUAGUGGAAAGUGUCCCUGCCCAUGGCAGUGGGGGCUGGACUGGAUAGUCUUAAAGUUCCCUUCUAACCCAAAUCACCCUCUGAGCCUGUGACCUCACUGUCUCAGAAUUCUAUUGGUGGAAUGAAAGAUGACAAUGCUGUAGGUGUUGCAAAUAGUUGUGCCAUUAGCAAAUAUCAAAAUUAUUAAAGUCGUAUUUGGCAAGAA